UAAACUACCUCUUCAACCUGAGUUGCCAGGAUACUUCACUCCCUCAAAAACACGGUCCAAAAUGGAAGUUUCACCGACUCUCUCGAGAUUUUUAUCAAACAGUUUGUCGGCGAUACCUUUAAAACCCUUAUAAACCCUCCAUUUUUUUCCAGAAUCUUACCUUCAUCAAAACCAACAUAAAACAACAAAACCCAGAAAAAAACCCAUUCUUUUUGAUAUUUUGUGUGACUACUACUGGUUAAAAACAAAUGAACCCAGAAGAUAGGAAAAAAUCACCAAAAUCAGCUACUUCUUCAUCUUCUAACUCAGAACCAUCUCUCGAGAGCCCUUUAUUAAUGGAGGUGUUUGAAAAACCUCAUUCUACAGGUGAUGCUGAUGACGAGACGAUGGAAAUUGUUGAUAUGCCGCACCCGCAGCUACUUGCAAGCUUACAUGGGAACCCGGUACCGCCUUUUCUAUCGAAAACUUAUGAUUUGGUGAAUGAUGAGGUGCUUGACAAUAUAAUCUCGUGGGGUGCAGCAGGAGAAAGCUUCGUAGUAUGGGACCCUGUCGAAUUCUGUAAAAUCGUACUUCCCAGGAAUUUCAAGCAUAACAAUUUCUCCAGUUUUGUCAGGCAACUAAAUACUUAUGGGUUUCGCAAGAUUGAUAGCGAUAAAUGGGAAUUUGCCAAUGAAGCUUUCAGGCGCGGUGAGAGGCAUCUAUUGAAGAACAUUCAGAGGCGCAAGUCGUCACAGGCUGGACCUUCUAUUGAAACAGGGAAACCAGAGGUGGAAAGUGAGAUAGAGAUGCUGAGGAAAGAGAGGAGUAUGAUGAUGCAGGAGGUUAUCGAAUUGCAGCAGCAGCAACACGGAUCUGUGCACCUUGUAAAAAUGGUGAAUCGGAAGCUUGAGGCUGCAGAGCUAAGGCAGAAACAGAUGUUUUCUUUCUUGGCAAAGUUGUUUCAGAAUCAAGCAUUCCUGAACCGUCUCAGGAAAAACAAGGAACAAGGAUGUAUUGGCUCAUCAAGGAUGAAAAAGAAGUUUGUCAAGCAUCAGCAAAAUGUACCAGAUCAAUCAGAAUCACCUCCGAAACAACAGAUAGUUAAGUACAGACACGAGGAGUGGGAAGAUGUCUCGUUUUCAUCUAUAGUCCCGGAAUUGGAUCCUGUACCCCUUGAACAAUCUCCUGACUACAACUUACAAGACCUGCUACAUCCCAUAUCAGAUGAUCUAGCCGCUGCUCAAAGUUUUAUUGAGACUCCUGCUCAAUUUGGACAAUGUCAAUCAAACUUGGGAACUGGAGAUCCCGAGUUCAAAGGAAAGAACAUUAUGAAUCCACAACAGGAAUUCGGACCGGAAUAUUUUUUCUCUUUUCCAGAUGAUUUGGUGUCUGAGAAGAACUUUCAGGAAUUUUCAUCUUCUGGGAUUGAGAGUAUUGUUAAGCAAGAGGAUGUAUGGAGCAUUGGAUUUGACAACCAAACUUCCAUGCCAAGUUCUAGCCAAGACUUAUUCAUCCCCUAUAAUGUGCCCGAGUUAGGACCAAGUUUCAGUUUCUCGGAUGUCUGGGAUUUAGGUCCUGUACAUCCUGCAGGAAGUUCCGGCUUUCCGGCUGAUGAAAACCCUGAUGCUGAGCUUAAGGUGGCCACCUUGAAGGAUGAUAGAUAGUCAUAUAGGGUUUAUUUGUUGAACAUUAUCAUUAUUAUUAUUAAUAUACAAUAAUUGAUUGAAUAUAAGCUCUCAUUUGAAUUCUUUCUUA